UCCAUCCUCUCUCUUUCUCUCUCUAGGCUCACUUCAUUCAAUGCAAAAUGCAUGCCACUUUCUCUCUCUAGCUUAAGUAUCUUUUCUUUACCGCCCAGCCCUUUGUGUUUCAAAAAAAGCUGUCAACUGAUAACAUAACACCAAUUUCUCUUAUUUCUCCCUCUAUUCUCCUAUCUACAAACAAACUCUCAACAGAGAUUCUUUUGUCUCUUCCAUUCUCUAGCAACGAAGUUGGUGAUUUCCCACUUUUCCUUUGCCAAGUACAUUGCAUAUUUAAUUGAGGAUUUUACAUGCAGAGUUAAGGAACUCAUUUUGCUCGCUACAAAGAUGUUACUGUAAUACUGUGGUGCUGUUUUUGCUUAAAUUGGCCACUUUUCAAGAUCACACAUUGAUAUCAAUUUCUCUCGUUCAAUCAGUUUAGCCCUUAGAGGAGGAACCAAAUGCCGAGAUCAAGGGGAUCAGAAGUGUCUCAAAGGCCAUCUACUCGAGUCCCACCUCAUCUCAGGACAUCAAGUUCUGAUUCUGAUUCACUGCAUCAUCGACCAAUCACCAAUAGGAGUCCAAAGGUAGGAGAUCGCCGCUCCCCAAGAAGUGUGCAAUCCGAUCCUGUAAAUCAGAAGAAACUCGGUACCCGAAUUGCGGAUUUAGAGUCCCAACUGGGGCAAGCCCAAGAAGAACUAAAGAAUCUGAAAGAUCAGUUGGCUUCAGCUGAGGCUGCAAAGAAAGAAGCCCAAGAGCAGUUGGAGAUAAAAACAAAGAAACCGGUAGUAGCUCCAGAGGUAGUGGAGAUCCAAGAAAAGAACCCUCCAAGUGGAACUCGAGAACCAAAUGAAAGUGAUACUAGUCCCUCGGAUGAAGCUGUGGAUGAUAACCAGCAAGAAACUGAUGUUUUCGAAGUCCCAGUCGAGAAAACGACAGUUGAACCCAAAGUUGAAACUACCCAACUGACUGAAGAGGUUCAGAAAGACAACAAACCAAUUGAUAUUUCAUCUGAACAAUUGAAACUGGAGAAAUCAACCUUACAAGAGUUGGCUGAAAAGAAUGAUGAGAUAAACAUGCUGAGAGCCAAACUGCAAGAGAAGGAAAAAGAAGUAGAAGUGUUUGGUCAAGAGAAUGAGAGUCUGAAGAAUCAGCUGAGUGAAGCAGCUUCAAACAUCUCAUCUGCUCGAGCCAAGGAAGAGGAAAUGACCCUGAGGCUGAGCCAACUUGGAGAAGAGCUGGAAACAAGAAAAUCGAAUGAGACUCGUCUCAGUGAGCAGCUGAAAUCUGUGGAAGCGGCAAAGGAGGCGUUGGAGGCUGAGAUGAAGAAGAUCAGAGUGCAUACGGAACAAUGGAGGAAAGCAGCAGAUGCAGCAGCCGCUGUUCUUGCUGGGGGAGUUGAGAUGAAUGGGAGGAUCCCGGAGAGGUGUGGCUCCAUGGAUAAGCACUUUGGUGGAAGCUUUGAGCCACGAACUGGUGGCUACUUCAUGGGGUCGCCUGCUGACGACUUGGAUGAUGGCUUUGGUAGCGGAAAACGAAAGGGGUCGGGGAUAAGAAACUUGUGGAGGAAGAAAGGCCAUAAAUAAAGAGAUCCUUCCAUGAUCCCUUCUGUGUUUCUGAUGGUAAUGAAACAGUUUCUUACUGUUUCAUACUUUGUUGUUAGGCAUAAUAUUUACAGUCCGUGACAAUUACAAGAACAGGAUUCUUGGCUCUUUCCAGGCUUUUGUUAUUAUUAAGUACUUGAAAAUGUGGUACCUACACUAGUAGUAGUGAGGUCAGGAAUCUCUUCUUUCAAAGAAGAGACAUUUUGUUGCUGACUCGCUCAUAUAUAUGGUCCAACAAUCUAUAUUCGGAUCCACGGUAGUUUAAUCAUUAUAUAUGUUUCUUAUAAGACGUUAUGUUGA